UCCGAGCGCCAAGCAGUUUGCCCGCUCCUUAGACGCGGGAUGUUGCGGAGGUAUUGCUGUUUACUAGGAUGUUGCGCAUUGUGAGCUGGAACAUAAAUGGAAUCCGAAGUCCCCUGCAAGGGGUGGUGUGCCAGGAAACCAGCAACAGUACCUCCAUGGCCAUGAGACGCAUUUUGGAUGAACUGGAUGCUGAUAUUGUCUGUCUCCAGGAGACCAAAGUGACUAGGGAUGUGCUGACAGAGCCCCUGGCUAUCGUUGAGGGCUAUAACUCCUAUUUCAGCUUCAGCCGCAGCCGAAGUGGCUAUUCUGGUGUAGCUACCUUCUGUAAGGACAGCGCUACCCCAGUGGCUGCUGAAGAAGGCCUGAGUGGCUUGUUUGCCACCCAGAAUGGGGACGUGGGUUGUUACGGAAACACGGAUGAGUUCACACAAGAGGAGCUCCGAGCUCUGGAUAGCGAGGGCCGGGCCCUCCUUACACAGCACAAGAUCCGCACUUGGGAAGGAAAAGAGAGGACCUUGACCCUUAUCAACGUGUACUGCCCCCAUGCAGACCCUGGGAAGCCUGAGCGGCUGACCUUUAAGAUGCGCUUCUAUCGUUUGCUACAGAUCCGAGCAGAAGCCCUCUUGGCAGCUGGCAGCCAUGUGAUCAUUUUGGGUGACCUGAAUACAGCCCACUGCCGCAUUGACCACUGUGAUGCAGUCAACCUGGAAUGCUUUGAAGAGGACCCAGGACGCAAAUGGAUGGACAGCUUACUCAGUAACCUGGGGUGCCAGGCUGGAUCCCAUGGAGGGCCCUUCAUUGAUAGCUACCGCUAUUUCCAACCAAAGCAGGAGAGGGCCUUUACCUGCUGGUCCGUGGUUAGUGGUGCCCGACAUCUCAACUAUGGUUCUAGGCUUGACUAUGUGCUGGGGGAUAGGACCCUGGUAAUAGACACCUUCCAGAACUCCUUCCUGCUACCUGAGGUGAUGGGCUCUGACCACUGCCCUGUGGGUGCCACCUUGAAUGUGUCCUCUGUGCCUGCAAAACAGUGCCCUCCUCUGUGCACCCGCUUUCUCCCUGAGUUUGCAGGUACCCAGCUCAAGAUUCUCCGCUUCCUAGUUCCUCGUGAACAAGAACCUGUGUUGGAAAAGUCAGCGCUGAGGCUCAGCAAUCAAACACAGGUACAGAAGCAGCAAAACAAAGUCCGUGUGCGCUCAACCAGGCCUCGGCCAAGUCAGGCUAAUUCCAGAAGAGGCCAGACAAACCUGAUGAGCUACUUCCAGCCCUCCUCCAGCCAUUCCAAAACUUCUCCUGAAUUGGAGCUGCUUAGCUUGCCUCUGGUGAACAACCUCACAACCCCAAAGACACUAGAAGAGGAGGUGAUAGCCAGAGAGGUAGAAGGGCAGGCCAAGCACUCAGAGAGUAAAGAAGAAAAGGAGUUACGGACCUCAUUCUGGAAGUCUGUGCUUGGGGGACCUUCACCCAUGCCCCUCUGCAGUGGGCACAGGGAACCAUGUGUGAUGCGAACUGUAAAAAAGCCAGGACCCAACCUGGGCCGCCACUUUUACAUGUGUGCCAGGCCCCGGGGUCCUCCCAGUGACCCUUCCUCCCGCUGCAACUUCUUUCUCUGGAGCAAGCCCAGCUGAACCCAUGGAGACCUAGGGAUAUCUGGCAUGAUCACCCAUUCUAUGCUGCCUUCUUCCCUAAGGCCUCCUUGCUUCCCUUCUCUUUUUUGGGGGGGAGGGGGUUCCAGGGAUUGAGCUCAGGAGCACUCAACUACUGAGCCACAUCCC